AUGGACGUGUCUUUGUUGUAUUGUUCGAUUGCUUGCAACAGAACGCCUCAUGCUGUCAAUAAUGGGGACUUACUCCUUGCUUCAUGUUCACAAGAUACUUACAUUCGAUUAUGGAGACUGUGCCAAGAGAAGCACACCACUUUAACUGGCUCCUCUGAAGUAGGAGAAUUGCGUCUACAAGGAAAUCGAUUUCAAGUGCUUGACAAAAUGGAACAUGUUGUGACUUUGGAAGCAGUUCUUUAUGGACAUGAUGACUGGGUAUACAGCUGUCAAUGGUGUCCCUUUUUGGAUGAGACACCAUCUGGCCACACUCAGCCUCUUUGUCUUCUAUCAGCCUCAAUGGAUAAAACUAUGAUACUAUGGAAACCUGAUACCAGUGGGGUGUGGCUUGAACAAGUAGGUGUGGCCAGUAUUGAUCACUAAACAGUCGUGAAUUAUAGGUACGUGUGUGGAGAGGUUGGAGGUAAUACCCUUGGAUUGUAUGGAGGUAUCUUUGGUCCAAGAGGAGACACUAUUCUUGCUCAUGGUUACCAAGGUGCUUUUCAUAUAUGGAAAAAGAGAACCAUGUCCACCAGUGAAGAUAAUGAAAUAAUAGAAUUAUGGCAGCUGGUGGCACCUAGUGGUCACUUUGGACCAGUACAAGAUUUAUGCUGGGAGCCCAAGAAAGGAUCUUAUUUGUUAUCAGUUAGUAGUGAUCAAUCAACACGUCUCCAUGCUCCGUGGGUAAUACCUAAUGGAAAGACUAGUUGGCAUGAGUUAGCACGUCCUCAGAUUCAUGGAUAUGAUCUCCAGUGUAUAGCACUGCUCUCUACAUUUCACUUCAUUUCAGGAGCUGAUGAAAAGGUUCUUCGUGUGUUUGAGGCCCCGAAGAAUUUUGUCGGGAAUUUAUCACGAGUAUCCAAGACAGACAUUCAAGUAAGUUUCCAGUAAGCAGUCAGUGAAACACUUCCAUUAGGAGCUAGUGUUCCAGCCCUAGGACUGUCUAACAAAGCUAUAUUUACUAAUGACAGUUUCAGCAGUCAAGUUCCAAUAUUUACACCUAUAGAUCUCUCUGAGCCUCCUAUUGAAGAACAUUUGCUACAAAAUACACUUUGGCCUGAAACACAAAAGCUAUAUGGACAUGGUUAUGAACUAUACUGUGUAGCAACUAAUGGAUAUCUUGUUGCUUCUGCCUGUAAGGCAAGCAGUCUAGAGCAUGCUGCCAUUAGAGUAUGGGAUACAAAAUCAUGGCAUCAAGUGGUUUUGACUUGUCACGCCCUCACUGUGACACAAUUAGCAUUCUCUCAUUGUGGAACCAUGUUGCUAGCUGUGUCAAGAGAUCGAUGUUGGUCGUUAUGGCAACAAAGUUCAGACCAAUCAAAAGAAAUGUUUAGUUGUAUAGCUCAAAUGGACAAAAAGAGUAAAACCCAUACUCGUAUAAUAUGGACUUGUAGCUGGAGUCAUGAUGACCGCUAUUUUGCCACAGGAUCAAGAGAUAAAAAGGGUAAUAAUUCGAAGUUCUCCCAGCUCAACAUUGAUCCAGGAAAAAGCAACAUAAACUCAUCAUGA